UCUAGAGCGAGGCUUCCGGCUGUGCAGGAAGGAAGUUGACAAACACGUGAGGACCCCAGUUAGAGGCAGCUGCGCACGGUAUUGGAACCUUCGGCAGCCGCGUGGUAAUGUUUCUCCAGUAUUACCUCAACGAGCAGGGAGAACGGGUCUAUACCCUGAAGAAACUCGACCCUAUGGGACAACAGACCUGCUCGGCCCAUCCUGCUCGGUUCUCCCCAGACGACAAAUACUCUAGACAUCGAAUCACCAUCAAGAAACGCUUCAAGGUGCUCAUGACCCAGCAACCGCGCCCUGUCCUCUGAGGAUCUCUUAAAAGUUCGUGUCUCUUCUGCUGCCUGCUAGCCCUCGAGAGACUCUGAAAUCAAGCUCUUCAGUCUGUGAGCCUUGGAGCCUUCUUACGGCCCUUGCUGUUUGGAAUCCGGUCUCAUCAUUGCCCUUGAUCAUGUUUGUGUGAAGAUACCAUCCCGUUUUAAGGGGAAGAAGUUUGAAUUUUCAUAUUUUGAAUCACUGCCAGGUUAUUAAAAUGAUUUGAAAGCGCCCUUAUCUUGUAUGUUGUGGGAAGAAAGGAGUGGUUUAAAAACAAAAACGAAGGAGAUGAGAGGGAAGAGUACCCCAGGGGUAAGAGACCUCUUGGAAGAAAAACUGGUGAUUACUGUAGCAGAAUAGGGCUGUGAGUCAUAGGAGAGUGCUGGGGAAGUGAAAGAGAGGUUGAGAAGGACUCUUCUGCAGCUGUCAGCAUUCACUGAAGAAUACCCCUCUGGUCACUUAAGUAAUUUCUUGCCCCUUGAUAUGACAUUGGACUCAAAAUGGAAGAGUUGCUUGAAAAGUAAUAGCAGCUGUAUUGUAGAGGGGAGGCAUUGAACUGAAAGCCAGGAAACCAGGAUUCUCUCCUCUUUGUGUAACUUUGAGAAAGUAAACUUGUUUAGUUCCAUUUUUUUUAAAUCAUUUCUAAGUUCUCUUCCAACUCCAAAAUUAAUAGGACUCAGUGGUGGAUUUUAAUAUAUCUAAUUUUUGUCCACAGUGUGCAACCAUUGUAAAUGAGAAUGCCUUUAUUGGGGGAGGGUGUAGCUCAAGUGGUAGAGUGCAUGCUUAGUAUGCAUGAGGUCCUGGGUUCAAUCCCCAGUACUUCCUGUAAGAAUAAAUAAAUAAGUAAACCUAAUUAUCUCCCCCCUAACAAAAAAAAAGAGAGAGAGAGAGAGAAUACCUUUAUGCAUAUUUACUGCCCCUCUGGAAAUCUUCCCCAGAUUUUAGUCCUCUCUAUCAAGGAAUUCUCUUACAUUCACCUACUUUGUUUUCUCUGGUAGCUACUGCUAUGUGGAACUCUACAUGGGUCUUAAUUUAGAAGAUGAGAUAGAGAUUCAAACAGGGAUUUUUGUUGUUUUUCAGGCAGCUCUUAGGAAUUUGUUGUUUAAGGACCUGCACUUUUAUCAUGGGGCAACUUUAAAUUUUCAACCCAGUUACUUCAGAUUAGAGAGAUGUUGAGGCAAAAUAUUGUAUAUAGGCAUUCAAGAAAUGCUAGGUUGCUUCUCCCUCUCCUUAUCAAGUAAAUCAACUCAUUAUUUCCCAAUCUUCUCAUUUGUAGCUUUUGGCAUUGAAAUUUUUUUGUGUGUAUUUUUUUAUUGAAGUAUAGUCAGUUUACAAUGUUUGACAUUGAUUUUGAACAUUCGGUUAGUGCUAUUGAUUUUAAAAUUGCUUUGUGGAGACUAUAUUCCAAUUACAAUCUUCUUUUUCUAUCACAUCAAGGUUCUAGACUCUAGAAGCAGAUGUAACAAAUCAGCACAAAUUUGAUUUAUCAAGACUGGCUUGGAAAGGGUUAAAUAUGUUUCACUUAGACUCUGAUGUCUGUCCAUCUCAGCGGAAAAGUUCAGGAUAGCUGUUGACUACUGAUAAAAAAAAGAAUCUCUAUACUUGGGUCAUAGUUAAUAGAAGACAGAUGAUUUUCAAAUCAAUUUCUUAAAUUUAUGGGAAUGGGAAAUAAGAUACUUAUUUCCUGUCAAACAAUUUUUUAUUUCUUAGCCUAUUUGCUUACAGGGUUCUUCACAUUGGAGAUGAGGGAUUUUAAAGAAUUGUCCUAUCCUAUUAGGGGAUAAUGAUUGAAGAAGUGUUAUAAAUUCUGCAAAUGCCUAGAAAAAGGAUCUGCUUUGGAAGUUUUUUAAGCACCAAACUCAAUAAAGGAAUUCUACCAUUUUUAAAAA